AUGCCCGCCACCCUCGACGAGACACUUGGCGCUUUCUACAUCGGCGUAGUUGUCGGCGCAGCGCUAUGGGGAGUGUCCUGCUUGCAGACUUGGAUCUACUACACUUCGUACCCGGACGAUCCCGUGUACAUGAAGCUCCUCGUGUUCGUCAUUUGGGCGCUGGAUACUCUACAUCAAGCGUUGGUCUCGCAUGGGGUGUACAUCUACCUCAUUACCAACUUCGCGAACCUUGCCAUUCUUAACACCGUCGUUUGGAGUGUACUCGCGGAGGUGGUCGUCAACGCACUCACCGCGUUCAUUGUCCAACUGUUCUUGACGUACCGCGUAUACAAACUGAGCCAGAAGAACUACUGGCUCACCAUCCCUUGCGUCUGCCUGAGCUUAGGCCAGUUCAUCGGUUUCAUGGUCUACUCUGGCAAGGCCUACGCGGGUAACUUCACGACCUUCGAACAGGUCUUGACGCUGAAGAACCUCGACAUAUCUCUCAACGUCGUCACUGCGGCAACGGACGUCGCCAUUGCGGGGACUCUCACGUAUCUACUUCACAAGUCUCGCACGGGCUUCCGCAAGACGGACACGAUCGUGAAGAAGCUCAUCAUCUUCGUCGUCAACACGGGCUUGUUGACAUCGAUCAACGCGCUGUGCUCGCUCAUCACCUACUCGGCGCGCCCGGAUACAUUCCUUUAUAUUUGCUUCUUCUUCGUCAUGGGUCGUCUAUAUUCGAACUCCUUGCUGGCAACGCUCAACGCGCGCCGCGGCAUCUCCGAGCAAUCCCGGAACGACUCGCACUCCCUCCAGAGUAUCCCUAUGAACGCUGGCCGCACGGCAAACCUCAGCGGCUUCCAACCCGGAGCGCAGAGCAAUGUGGCGGUCAAGGUUGACACGACAUUGGAGUAUGCGCGGGACGGGGACUACGCAGAGCGCGCUGAGGAGCACAAGUUCCAGUACUAA